UAACCUGCCCUGCCCUGCCCUGCCCUGUCAGGGCAGGGCAGGGCAGGGCCAGGUUAAGGAAAUUUUCACAGGGCAGGUUGCAGGGUACGGAUGUCGUAACCUAUCAACCUGUAACUAAUUUUGUGAGCUAGAUAUUGUCGACAUCUUUUCAGAAGUUAUACAUUAAGAAACAAGAUAGAAUUCAAAGUGAAAGUGAACUGAGAAAUCAAUUUAGAUUGGUCGUUAAGACAUUCAAUAGAAACAGAUUUAUCGAUAACUUAUCCAUUAUAUAUUCUAUAGCUAUUCAAGUGUAUAUGUAGUUUUUUUUAUUUUGAGUUUUAUAUUCUUUUUUUUCUUCAUUAUUACAAUUAAAUAAUUUCUAAAAUAUCAUCAUCAAUAUCAGUUAAAUUUUCCUCUUACUGGAAUAUCAACUAUGUCUAAUUCAAAACAAGAUAUAGAACGAAAAAAGAAGCAGGUGAUAGAAAAACUUAAAACUGGUGAAUUUAUUGCUAUAUUAGAACCACCAUCAUCAUCUCAUGGUUCAUUUUGGCAACAUUUAUUACGUAUCAAAUGUUUAAACAAUGAAUAUCAACCAUUUAAUUGUUUGAACAAAUCAAGUGUGCUAAAAAGUAACAAAACCAUUGAUAGUUAUGUAUCAAAAAAUACUGAAGUUAAUGUAACAGUUGAUGAUAAACGAUCAAUAACAGUUGCUUGUGCUAAAUUUUGUUCAUUUGAUAUGCGGCCCUUCAGCAUUGUAAAGGGUCAAGGUUUUACAAAUUUAUAUCAAAAUUUAAUUAAUAUUGGUUAUCAGUAUGGUACCACUAAAAGUGGUCCACCUUCAGCAAGCUCAGUAUUACCUGAUCCAACAAAUGUUUCUCGUACUGUUUCUCAAAUUUCUGAAGAAUAUAGAGAACAGUUAAAGAAUAUCUUAAAGGUUGAUUUACAAGGUGUAAAAUUGAUCGGUAUAUCAACAGAUUAUUGGAAGAAUAGUGGUACAAGUGAAAAUUAUUUAACAGUAAAUAUACAUUAUUCCAAAAAUGAAAAAAAUUUUACUUAUAUGUUACGAACUUCAUUAUUUGAUCAAUCUAAAACAGGUGAUAAUACUAGAAAAAAAAUUUUUUCAAUCUUAUCAAGUUAUGGCAUUGAUCCAAAUGAAUAUCAUAUUGUGUAUAUAACUGAUAAUGGUUCUAAUCUUAUUUGUGCUUUCCGUAAGUGUCUUAUGUGUAAAACUCUGUAUCGCAUAAUUUUUUUUAUUUAG